CUGAACCAUCCCUGAAGGAUUCUCAGGCUGCAGGGAUCACAACCUUCUUGCCUCAGCACCCGGCACUGGAUGUGUAGUCCCACACACAUAUCCCCCAUCAGCCACAACAGUUGGGGACCACAGGACUUUGCCAAGAUGCGGGGUCUGUGUUGCCAACUCAGCUGUCAAGGCCCUGCAACAUGGUCACAGCACCGCAGAAAAGCCAUGACCAAGGAGCUAUCUCCCUUUGCUAAGUCUUUUAGCAGAGGAAGAUGCUGAAGUGUGGGCUCCUGGGCGAGGGUGGUACUGAGAUGAGAUGCAAAGGUCUGCUUUUGGAGGGCUUGAGAGGAAGGCACAAGCUGGGGGUCAGGGGCAGCCCUGGAGCUAUGACAGUAUGACUGGACAUGUGCCAGCACAAUGAAGGCUCAGCAGCUGGCAGGGCCCAGGCAGAGGCAGCCCAGGACCUGAAGGGGACAAGGUAGGGACAGCAGCAGCACUGAGGAGGGGCCGUGUCCCUGCCCCAACCAGCAGGUAUCCUGGGCAACCAGGGUGGUUCCUCUGUGACUGCUGUGGAACCAGUGGAACCCGUCAGUGUGCACCAUGCUGUGCUGCCUGCUGUUCCUCGCCCUGCUGCUGCGGGCUGCCCUCCCACAGCCUGUGCCCCAGAGGGACAGCUACUCAGUUCCUGAGGAUUUCUCUGCUCCCCUGGAGCUCCCGCAGAAGCACUUUGGCCUGGUGGAUGAUUACGGCAUCAAACCCAAGCAGCCUAGCUUCAGAAGCCCGGUGGCCCCGGAGCGGCCGGCGGAGCUGCGCAGGGCUGGCAAAAGCAAGCGCGACGGGCUGGACUUGCUGGAGUACUACGAGGAUGGGCGCCUGUGAGGCAGCGUGCCCCUGUGCCUGCCACAGCCCAGCAGCUGCUAUGUCAUCAUACUGCAAGAGACUGACUCUGCCACCGCAAUUAAAAGUCACCCCAGAUGGAUGUGACGGGAAGCUGUGCCAUGG